AUGGCUGCCAUGGCCACAUCCACCACCGUUGCCGGCCUGGGGGCGCUCCCCCUCUCCCGCCCCUCCCGGAAGGUCGCCCUCUCCUCCGGUAGGCCACCACAUCUCGCGAUCUGUCUGAUGGAUUGAAGUAAGCGAACGACAUGACUCUGCAGAUCUGAAGCUAAUGAUCUACUCCCUACCUUGGUGGUGCAGGUUUCAUCAGAUCUCAGGCGCCGGCAAGGAACCCCCUGAGCCAGAAGCUGGCCUCCGGAGGAAGGUUCACCUGGUAAAACCCCCCAACCGAGCUCCUUCCGGUGGAAUCCCUUGCUCUGGUGCCUUUUCCCUGAAACCUGGUGGCUGGUGAAGCUUCGAGAGGGACUGGCUCCGGACGGACCUGAACGUGAUCGGAUUCGGCCUCGUCGGAUGGCUUGCCCCCUCCAGCAUCCCGGCGAUCAACGGCAACAGCCUGACGGGGCUCUUCUUCGACAGCAUCGGCAAGGAGCUCGCUCACUGGCCCACCGGCCCCGCUCUCACGUCCCCCUUCUGGUACGGAUCUAAAUCUUCUCCCCCCUCAUUUGCCGAUCCUCCGGACUCCUCGCUGACCUGAUCCAUCCAUCCAUGCCCCCCGGCUGCUCCUUCAGGCUGUGGCUGGUCACCUGGCACCUCGGCCUCUUCCUCUGCCUCACCUUCGGACAGAUCGGAUUCAAAGGCAGAAAGGAGGAGUACUUCUGA